AUGAAUCAUAUCAGCAAAGAUGAUCAAAAUGAUGACAAAACCAAUGAUGUCAGUAAAGUUAAUCAAAGUAGAGAGAAGACAGAUGGUGUCAGCAAAGGUAAUCAAAAUGAUGAAAAAACUGUUGUGGUUGAACAAGAUGAUAAAGAUGAUGAGAUACCUGAUGAUAUCAGCAAAGAUAACCAAAGUAAAGAGAAAAUAGAUAUGAUACAAGAAGAUCAAAUUACAGAUAAAUUUGAUAUCACUAAAGAUAAUUAUCAAACAACCGAGAAAAAUUAUGAUGUCAGCAAAGAUGAGCAAAGUCGUGAGAAAAUUCAUGAUCAAAAUGAUAACAAAAUCAACAAAGAUGAUCAAAGUAGAGAGAAAACUGACUAUGUCAGCAAAAGUGAGCAAAGGGAUGAGAUAAUUGAUGAUAGCAGCAAAGGUACAGUCGAAAUUGAUGAUGUCACAAAAGAUGGUCAUAGUGCAAAGAAAACUGGUGUCAGCAAAAAUGGUCCGAGUACAGCGAAAAUUGAUGAUGUCAGCAAAGGUGACGAAAGUCAGGAAGAAGUUGUUGUAAGCAAAGGAGACAAAAGUAGACAGAAAGUUGAUGAUGUCACCAAAUAUAAUCAGAAAACAGAUAAUUUUGUUAAUAUCAGCAAAGGUGACGACAGUUAUGAAAAAAUUGAUGAUAUUAUCAAAGACAAUCAAAUUAUCCAAAAACUUGAUGAUGAUAUCAAACAGGAUCAAAUUAAGCAGAAAAUUGGCGAUGUUAGCAAAGAUGCUCAAAAUACCGAAAAGAUCCAUGAUGUUACCAAAGAGGAUGAAAGGAGUGAGAAACUUGAUGAUGUCACUAAAUAUGAACAGAAAAAAGAGAAAAUUAAUGUUGAUAUAAAAGAAAGCGAAAGUCAUGCACAAAUUCAUGGUGAGAGUAAAGAUGACGAAAGUGACGAAAAAAUUGAUGAUGAUAAUACCAAAGAACAAAUUAAGCAGAAAAUUGAUGAUGUUACGAAAGAUGUUCAAAAUAUUGAAAAGAUCCAUGAUGUUACCAAAGAGGAUGAAAGGAGGAGAAACUUGAUGAUGUCACUAAAUAGAACAGAAAAAAAAGAGAAAAUUAAUGUUGAUAUAAAAGAAAGCGAAAAGUCAUGCACAAAUUCAUGGUGA